AUGGAAGAAUUGGAAGCUACGCCAUUUCCAUUCAGCAUGCAACUGGAUGAAACUACUGACGUCUCUCAGUGCAGCCAGCUCCUGGUUUUCGUCUGUUAUAUGCAUGAUGAUGCCAUCAAAGAAGAAUUGCUAUUUUGUGAGCCCCUUUUGGAAACUACAAAGGCCAUCGACAUCUUAGAAAUGGUGAAUAGUUUCUUUGCCAAGCAAAACUUCGACUGGAAGAAAAAUCUUGGUACUCUGUGCACAGACGUAGCACCUGCGAUGCUUGGCAACACAUCUGGUUUUGCUGCUUUGGUGAAGAAAGAAGCUCCACAGGUCAUCGUGACCCAUUGUUUUCUACAUCGGCAUGCAUUGGCGUCAAAGACUCUGCCAGCAAUUCUGAAAGAAGUCUUGUCUACUGGCGUGAAAGUUGUCAAUUUCACCAAAGCCGGGGCUGUGAACCAUCGCGUUUUCAAGAGGUUUUGUCAAGAAAUGGGAGCAGAAUAUGAAGUUCUUCUCUACCACACAGAAGUUCGCUGGCUUUCCAGAGGACAAAUCUUGAAGCGCUUGAUUGAACUUCGAACAGAAGUUUCACUUUUUUGA